UGAUCUCGAAAUCGAGCGACAACAACCGCAAGACCAAGUCUCUGGCCAUAAUUAUCGUGAUCGUUCUACUUCUGGCGCUGUCGUUCACUCUUCUCCUCUUUCAUGGAGCCUUUGGUAGGAGAGGAGGCGACGGCGGCGACGGCGACGACGAUGCUCAGGAAGGCACUACGCAGAACUACGACUUUUUGGAUACUAAAGACGGUGCGUCCGGUAAUGGUGACAGUGGAAGCAUGACCAAUGAUGACACGGCGACAGCGAGCCCAUCUGAAGCAGACGUGUCCAUUGAAUCAGAAUGGCUUCGCGACAACAGUCCUAUCCUGAUGUGCACCAUGGGAUUCAAGAAGCAAGACCAGGCCUUGUUCAUUCCUGACGGCCUAUGCAGUAUCGUUGUCUUCAGCGGUGGAUUGCAGAGUGACAACACCUUUUACAACACACACUCACAAAAAGACUACUUCGACUCCUUCCGACGCACUACCAAAGAUUUCAAUCGAACCCAGCUGGGAUUUGACGUUAUGUGGAGUGAGCAUUCGUCGACGGCAAAUAGACUCUUAACUCCUGAGGGACACGCCGCAAUGCUUCAAUAUUUCAAAGAAGGGCUCAGGCACUACGGAACCCUGGACACUGAAAUCGAAAGCAACACCGGAGUCAGCUACCUCACCGACAUCAUCAGCUUGCUUCAGGAACUGCGCUCUGUCCAACGCGAAGCGACGAACGGUACGAAUAUACCGUGCUUCCUGUUCUACGGUGCAGCUUUGCUCUACCACGAGAACUUCGACGCAAAAAUGGUGGCAGCAUUUAAUAAAGUCAUAACGAGCACUCAGCCGGACAUCGUGCUGUUCCAAACAACUUAUUUUGCAAAUUACCCAGAUUCGCCCAAGUGCAGAGUCACUGGUGCUUCGCUGUGGGACGAAGCAGUGGUUGGAGAACAACCAACGUUCGUGGGUGCAUUAAAAUUCCGAGAGAACAUCACCCUACCCAGCAGAACGGUAGAAAUGCUCUCAUUGACUGUGUGUGGAAGACUAAGCUAUAACGCACACAAGAGCCUUAGCGCCAUGGGUGACCAAUGCACAAUGGGUUUCAACUUGGACGCGUAUUCACGGGUUUGCCCCGGUGGCCGCUACACGGCCGAUUUCGGUGAAAAUUUCCUCGACGCAGGACGAUCGGUGAUGUGGAAAAAGAGAAAAGACAAGCUCGAAUGGCAUGUCUUCGAUAAUCGCCAGACAGUAAUGACAAAGGCUUGCAAGUCCAAAAUGAACUUCGGCUUCCGUGGAGGCUGGGUUGUGUUCAACGUAGAGUGCAGCGACGUGGGAAAAAUUUGUAGCGAUCCGCUUUAUACGGACGGCUUCGCCUUCGUUCACACGGUGAAAGAAGCCAUGCGCACGGACUUCAACUCGUGCUCUAUUACUCCCAGCUGACUGCAAAUGGUCCUCCGAUGCUUGUGCAAAUUUACGAAUGAAUUGUUUGGUGUCUCGUCGA